UACCGUAUGGGGGCGGGGCUUACGUUUGAACGUCUAUCGGGUGCACGGAUGGAGGACGUGUUGUGUUUCUGUUAGUUAGUUAUGCUUUGACUUAUAGCUUAAUGCUAACUGGGUUAAAGCAAGUCGUUACAUAUAUGUUUCGGGAUGCUUGAGGUUGUUACGAAGAAUUGUUCUGUAACUUAACGUCUUUGGUUGGUCGAAGCUGUUUUGCACAAUAAAAUGCCUAUUCGAGCAUAUUGCACGAUCUGCUCGGACUUCUUUGAUCACGCCAGAGAUGUGGCUGCCAUUCACUGCGGGCACACUUUUCACUAUGAAUGUCUUCUUCAAUGGUUCCAGACUGCUCCUACGAAAACCUGUCCUCAGUGUAGGAAACAGGUCAGCACUAGGCACAUCAUCAACAAACUAUUUUUUGACAUUGGGGGAGAGUUGGAGGAGGGGUCUGCAGACCCAGAGAGCUUACAGAAUGAGCUUGAUCGAAUGAAGGCAGUGCUGAGCUCCAAAGAGCGAGACUGGCGGGACAAAGAGAAGGCCAUGGACAGCUUGAAGGACACUGUAAACAAGCAGAGGAGAGACCUGGACAGCAUGCGGAAGGAGAUAAUGGAGAAGGAGAUGAUCUGUGUUGCCCUCAGAAAACAGAUGGUUUACUUGGAGACGCAACAGAACGAAAUUCAGGCUGCGAAGGAGGAAGUCCGCAGACUGAGGACCAGAAUGAAAACCUUUGAAGGCCUGGACGUGUUGCUACAGGGUCAGCGAGAUGAAGUGGAGUCCAUGAUCACAGAUAUGGGUGUCAACCAGGCAGCAGUGGAGCAGCUCUCUAUUUACUGCAUCUCUCUGAAGAAAGAGUAUGAUAAUCUCAAAGGAAGCCUCAAAUCCUCAAAUGACAUGUGUGAGAAGUUGAAGAGAGAAGUGCUUUCCUCAAACAACAAGCUGCAAAAGGCUUCACUAGAGGUGAAUCAGACCAAAGAGGACAUGAAGUCUCUGCAGAAAGAUCUGGCCAGUGCUGACAAAGAGAUCUCUAGUCUCAAGAAAAAAGUGGAGUGUCUUCAGAAGACUCUGAGCACGCCGACACGCACGAACGAGGCCCUCAGUCGUCUCGUCUUUGAAAGCCCGGCCCCGCUGGAACUAAAGCCCCCCUGCCUCCACCAGCCGACACACGGAGAGGACAUCGAUCUCAAUAUGACCUAUGACAUCACUACUCCGGACAGCUUGUCCAAGAGACCGACCCAAGUCCCCUCGAAGAAGAUGCGCCUCGAACAACAGGGAACAUCUGUGUCGAAACACGGCGAGAAAUCUUCCUUUCUGAGCAAGGCUCAAGAUGAAUCCCUGGAUCCUUUUUUGAGGAAUUCCCUCCUCUUCAGAAAGAAGACUUUUGGAAGCAUGUUGAACCCCCAGAGGCAGGCCGGAGUCGUCAGGACCGGCUAUGAUGGAUUAGGAGGACGAACUAAAUUCAUCCAACCUUCUCCUUUAUCCGACAUCCGCCCUCUGAUGAAAACUAAAAGGAAAAAGGUGACUCGGCCUCCCUCUAAGGCUUCAACAUGCCACACUCUGGACUGCUUCCUGGAAUGAAUCUGGGAAGUGUGGAGAGAAACAAAUCAUUGAUGCUGCUGCGGCUCAGAGGACAAGCCAGGCAGCGAUCCCGCCUCUCAGAACUUUGUGAUAACUCCGUUAUUUAAAAAUGGCAACACACCCUGUAAGCUGAUGACAAAUGGUGGCUUUUUUAUUGACAUCAGCAAGUCUGAGGUACUUACUUUAUUGUGUUUGUAAAUUUGUAUACAGACUGUCCCGAAGAGCUUCUGAUUAGGAGGUUUUUUUUGUGUAUCUGUGUGUGUGUGUGCAGAAACCUUUUUUCUUGUCACGUUUCAGACGAUUUCCACGGUAUUAUGUCAUCGAAAAAUCCACAUUUAGAUCUAUUAUAGAUUUGACCAUUUUUGAUCUCUCUUGCUAAAUGUCAAGCAGCUGAAAAAUUAAACUAUUUUUAUUAAA